AUGCAGGCUAAUCAGGCACUUCCUGAUUCCAACGUCUGUUGCAAAGAUUAUGCAGAUGCAAACGGUGACGUGUGCAGGGAUUUUCUCAGGAAUGUGUGCAAAAGAGGGAAGAAAUGUAAAUACAGGCACCCUGUUCUUUCUCCUUCCUCAGAUGUUUUACUUGAACCUAUUUACUGCCACGACUUUCAAAAUGGGGUUUGUCGUAGGCAUGCGUGCAAAUUUCUCCAUUAUACGAAGAAGGAGGAGGGAUUUUUCCGCUCACACGGUGUUACCCCGCCGCAUCAACCGUCUGAAUUCGACUCCCAUGAUGCGGAUACACCCGUUUGCAAGGUUUGGCAUUUUAUCGCGUUUCACUUUUCUUUAUAUUAUUAUCUACUUUUUUGGCUUGUCACUCAUAGUGGUCAAAUAUCGCAGCAACAUUUGCCGUGCCAAAAUGGCAAUGGGAAUGCUCUUUCUGCGUCUCGUACCUCUGAAUCUGCCGACACUACGUCGGAGACGACAGCAAUGGUCGCUGCAGCCGCAGCAGCUGGAUAUUUGGUCAUGCAGAAUCACGGUCAACAUCAACACCAAUAUCACCAACAUGGAAGCAGAGUGCAGGAUUCGUCGCCCGUUACUUCCAUCCCCACUUCUGCCCUCCCUCCCGCUUCCGCGGCUGCCGUUGCCGCCGCCGCUGCUGCAACUGCUCUUGCAACCACACAGCAUCAUCAGCAGCGUCAUGGUCCUUACUCCGAAACGGUGUUGACUGCUUCUAAAUCUACUGGAAUUCCUGUUAUGGAGUCGUUAUUGGGGGCAGUGACCAACUCCAAUGUUUUACGGCCGCGGGUAACAAAAGAUUCUCUAUUUUCUUCACCAACUUCGCUUCCACCUGCUUCGCUCUCUUCUGAAGUCGAGUGCCACUACUUUCAAAGAAAUGAUGGACCAUUAUAUGUUCCGGAAUCUCAUUUCUGCGUUACUAGAGAUUAUCAAGUCUCUACAUCUGUUGAUUUUCCUUCACCAACCGUCGGUAAACCUUCUUCAAAGUCUGCGAAUUAUGUGAAUCCUGAUGGGAUUAAAAAACCAAUGAAUUCUCACACAGCCUUCAACCAACACAGUCAACAGCAGCAAGACGCUAAUACGGCAGCUGCGGUGGCGGCUGCAGCAUGUUUCGGUGCGAUGCUGUCCCAACCAGUUGCCGCUGCAGCCGCAGCUUCACAUGCUGCAGUAUCAAAGCCGACAGCAGGCGAUAUUCUCUCUCAGGCAGUUGGCGGCGAAUGUGCACUCUCAAUGUCUGCACCUCCUACUGUAAUAGUUCCCCAGCCUUCCACCAACGGUGUGACAACACCUGCUCCCCCUGCUCCACCACCACCGACUGCAGUAGCUGCUGCAGCUGCAGCCGCUGUAGCUGCUGCCGUGGUUAGUUCAGCUGGACCAUCAGCUGCCGUCGCUGCCAUCUCUGCGGCACAUCUUGCCACCUCAUCUCUUUCCCAUGCGCACUCAGCUACGCGCGUUUCUUGUCCUCCUCCUGAUACCAGCUUGGCGCUAACCGCCAGCAGCAGUCGAUAUGUGGCCAACAUGAAGUCCUCAGGUGGUGUCGAUCCGUUGGGAGCCGGUGGUCGUCACAGGAGAACAUGUAAUUCCAACGAGACACCAGUGGAUGUCUACGGUUCUGAUGUGACUAUGCCUCUCCGCCUAAAUGUUCCUCCAUCUUCACCCCCUCCACCAUCUGCGGUACCUACCAUUAGUGCUGCUGCUGCCAAUCCUUCAUCACUAGGUUCUUCAGCCGCAACUGCUGCUUACACUGCUACAAUGACGACAGCUGCUGCUGCUGCUGCCGCAAUGGCUGCUGCAGUAGCUGUGGAAGAACAUAAUCAAAAGAAGAACGCCGCUGCGGCUGCCAUAGCUGCAUUCAAUGAAAGUGCAGCAAUGGCUCAUGAGGUUCAGAAUAUGGCUCGGAUCGCCGAUCAUGCCUCUUUAUCCCCUGGAUCCAUACCUCCUUCAAGCCAUGCUACUGCAACCAAAUCUUCGUCCCCUGAGACAUCCAACGUCUAUCCUUUGACAACCGGUAAACCUGUGUCACACCAUCGGCUGCAUCUACCUCAGAACCGUCGAUUUUCAGCUUUCGAUGUCGUUGAUGACGAAAGUUACGAAGAGAGCUAUGAUGAAGAUGAGGAUGAUGAAGCAAGUAGUACUGCACUAAACUCCCAUCGCAACGAUAGAAAAUGCGCUAGGAUAGGUCGAUCAUGUUCUCCAGACCGCAUUUUUGGGUGUGGCCAACCGCUUUUGGAAAAACCAAGGCAACGUUCUCUCUCUUACCCAACUUGUGCUGCUCGAUUAGAAUUUGGUGUGAGCAAAGAAGAGUCACCAAAGCGUUCUGCUUCCCUGUCAAACGCCUCUUCAUUACCUUUAUCUCCUCAAGCCUUGUCUCUCAAUUCAUCCACUGGCCCGCCACGAGUGUAUCGUGGAUGCGGUCUUCCUCCGAAACGAGCUAAACUUGUUGUUCCGCAUGCCGGUGAUCGCAUUGUUUCCCCUAGCUCGGCUUACGUGCGCAGAAGGUAUCAACGUUUUCCGAGACGAGUGCAACAGAUUGAUAUGGAGUCGGAGAUGGACGAUGAGGAGGAACUUUGCUACACUGGGGACGCUGAUUUCUUCCGGCCAACAACCGUGGUCACCCAACCCUCUUACAGGGAGAGAUUGCAUGUGCUCAAGUGCGAGAACGCACGGCUCCGAUUGCAUUUGCAAAGAGUCGUUCAGCAACGGAAUCAACUACAACUUGAAAAUCAUACCUUGAUAAAGCAGAACUUGAAAUUUCGUAAUCUCAACUCUGCGAACAAGAGGACAAGUGCGUAUCCUAGCAACAUCUUUAUGAAGCCAACAACAGGCUCCUUCCUGACUCCCGAGACAAAAGCGAGACUCUUACGGUCGUCUGCUCCCUCUGCGCAAUCGGCGUCGCCAGCGCCCAAUCGUAAGAAAACCAGUAAGCAUGCUUCCCAUCGCACCUGCUAUUUCAACACUAUGCCCAAUUCAAUGCCUCGGAAUUCGUACGCGCCGCCGAAGUGA